AUGAGCAUGUUUCCGGACAUCGGCAGCUUUCCGUCGGAGAUCAACAUCAACGAAUGGCUUCAGUUCCUCAAUGUGAGCGCCAACGUGACCUUGGAUGAGCCGACGUCGCCGACAGAGGUCGCCCCGCGACAGCAGACGCCCAUCAGCAACGUGGAGAUAGCUCUCGAGCAUCUCAACCAGUUCUACAUCCCGCUGAUCGUCUUCGUCGGGUUGCUAGGCAACUCGCUGUCCGUCAUCGUUUUCUUCAUGACGAAGCUGCGAGCGAUGUCGUCGUCCUACUACCUGGCGGCGCUGGCUACGGCCGACAGUGGUCUCCUCGUCGCUCUGUUCGUCGUCUGGUUGAACAGCCUGGACGUGAACUCGUUUAACCGCAGCGGUAUGUGUCAGCUGAUCGUGUACGCGACGCUUGUCUUCAGCUUCCUUUCCGUGUGGCUCGUCGUCGCUUUCACCGUCGAACGUUUCAUCGCCGUCACCUACCCACUGCACCGGCCGACGAUGUGCACCGUCCGACGCGCCAAGUUCACCGUCGGCGGACUGACGGCGUUCGCGAUGCUGCAGUACACGUACGUGUUCGCGACGACCGGGGUCGUGCAGACGAACACGGGCGCCGUGUGCGCCCUCUACCCGCAGUACAUGACGGCGAUGACAGUGUUGAACAACAUCGACACUGUGACGACACUCAUCUGUCCUUUCAUCGUCAUCGUCACGAUGAACGUCACCAUCGCGAGGAAGGUGAUCGACUUCUACCGACGCCGCGCGUCGCUCAACGCCGCCGUGUCGCAAGAUAGCGCCACUAACCCCGCCACCGGCCGCUCGUACAUGUACAUGCGCCCUCUGGCGUCGAGCGGCGGGUUGCGGCUGAACUCUAAUUCGAGUUCCCGCACUCCGCCGCUUCCCCGUCUCCACGGCGUCGGCAACGGUCAGCAGUGCGACACGGCGCUCAGCUACGGCUACCGGCCGACGUCGCCAGCGCGCACCAGCAGCGCCCCCUACCCGGUGGUGAGAAGCCAUCGCGACAGUCUGCGCACGCGCAAUCAGAUUCGGAUCACGAAGAUGCUGCUGCUCAUAUCUACCGUGUUUAUUCUGCUGAACCUACCGAGUCACGCGAUCCGCAUUCACGUCUUCAUAGAGGGGCUGUUCGACCCGGGCUACCGCCUCACGCCACGACUCUUCAUCCUCCAGCAGUACUUUCAGCUGAUCUACUACACGAACUUCGCCAUCAACUUCUUCCUCUACUCGCUCGCCGGAGCCAACUUUCGCAAGGCGCUCAAGAUGCUAGAGGAGAAAUACGUGUGCUCGUACGGAAACUCUAGCGAACACACGGCGCCCCUGCCGAUGCCCGUGCAGAUGGCGCCACCGUCGCGCGCCUCAGGCAGCAACAGUCGCAGCAGGAGCAAGGGCAGUCGCAGCAACUCAUAUAACUCGGGGCCCGGGUGAGAGAGAGAGCGAGGAACGCGGCUGCCCUGGCUGAACCUUGAUCGCUCGCUCU